UUCGUUUUUUUAUUGAAGGUAUUUUAUGACAGUACAUUUUUUCCGCCUGGCAAUGGCAAAACGGCAACACUGUUAAUCAAGAAAAGAAUUUUUGUUGAUGUAUUUGUACAAACAAGUGGUUUCAAAUUUCAAUAGUAGUUUUCAGUAAAACAUAUUUGAUUCUUAUUUUGACGAACAUGGUGGAGGAACACGAUGCAUCAGAAUUAGGGACCCAGGAUUAUUGGGAAGACCAUUAUAAAGAAGAAAUUGAGAAUUUUUCGAGUCAUGGUGACCCAGGAGAAAUUUGGUUUGGCGAGGAUAUCCUAAAUCGUAUUAUUCGUUGGAUGGAAUCUUCAGAUUUGAUAAGGAAAUACUCCAAAAUAGUCGAUAUUGGUUGUGGUAAUGGAGUUUUUCUAAUUGAAUUAGCUAACGAGGGAUAUACAAAUUUAACAGGUCUGGAUUAUUCAGUAAAUGCCGUAACACUUGCAAAACAAAUUGCAAAAAGACAAGAUUUAAAUAUAUUAUAUUUCAUUUGUGAUAUUUUGGAGGGGUUACAGAAUACUUACGAUGUAAUACAUGAUAAAGGUACUUAUGAUGCUGUUAGUCUGAGUGAAAAUGCCAAGGAAAAUAGACUUAAAUACAUAGAGAACGUGUACAAGAGUCUUAGUUCCAAUGGCAUCCUUAUUAUAACAUCAUGUAAUUGGACUCAAAGUGAACUAGACCAGCAAUUUGGAGAAAAGUUCAGUUUAUUAGCGGUUAUUCCUACCCCUCAAUUCAAAUUUAGUGGUAAAGUGGGAAGUGUAGUAUCUUCUUGUGUCUUUAAAAAGAAGUGAAUCAUGAAUUUUCGGAAUAUCUUUUCAAGUUAAUAUCAUUUGAUUUCAUACUGUGAGAAAGAACGUUAUAAUAUUUUCAGAACUAUUUGAUUUUUCUUGUGGUAUUAAAAUUGUAGAUAAAAUUAUAGAACAUUUCAUAAUAGGCAUUCCAUGGAAGGAAAACUAUUGAAUCAAAAAUAUAUUUUGUAAUAAUUUUAUUGUUGUCUUGCAGUGAAGAUGAAAACAUACAACAGUAAAACAUUACAACAAUGUGCAAAAACACGUUGAAUAAAAAUAUAAUAAUUCUA